GUCUUCCAGAAGAAGGAUCCCCUUCCACCACCGCGCCGUUCGUUUCCCCCUCAUCCUUCCCACCUCCCCCUACCCAGCCCUCUUCGUUCUCGGCAGAAAUCCCCGCCUGCUCGCUCGGGGUCCUCUCCUCUCGAGGCGCGCGCUCUCGCUCGCGGCGGGAGACAUCGUUGCUGGUCGUCUCGCUCUCGUCACGCGCGUCGUCGUCGGGGGAGGAGGAUGGGUGAGGCGGGGAAGAAGGAGGAUGAGAUCACGCGGGCGCUGACGCGGCGGGCGAGCGAGCUGCGGGACGCGAUGCGGAGGAGCGAAGAGAACACGAAGCGCAUGGUCGCCAGCCUCUGCACCAUCGAGAACCGCGCCGCCGCGGCCCUGGACGUCAUGCGCCCCAUCGAGGAGAAGGUGAAGGAGACCCAGAAGAUGCACGAGAACAUCGACGAGGCGAUCAUGGUCACCGACGAAAUGCUCGACCAGGUCGACAUCGCCCAGCAGGCAGAAGCUAUGUUACUGUGGGGUCCCCGUGGGAAUCUAGAUGGGUACCUGGAAGCUGUGGAUAUUCUGAAAGGCGUCGUUGGCUUCUUUUCCUCAAAAGAGAACUUUAAGGGUGUCAAAAUAUUUCUGCAUCAAGCCAACAAUCUCUUAUCCAAGGCUUUUCUGAUCAUUGAGGGGGAAUUCAAGCAGUUGCUGCGUACAUACAGCAAACCUGUUGAGCCCGAUUCCCUAUUUGUUAGCCCUCCAAAGCUUCAAUUGGCUUCAAAAGGCGACUCUGAAAUAGGUGGAGGAAAUCGUAGCCAAUCUGAGCAUCCAUCCAAAAGCUUGGAAACUGCUAUUUACAGGACUCCAACACUGAUCCCCCCUGAAAUAUUACAACUUCUGCAUCGUAUAGCUCAGCAAUUGGUUCAGGCUGGAAACCAGCAGUCAUGCUACAACAUUUACAGAGAUGCUCGUAGUUCGGCGUUAGAAUUGAGUCUUCAGAAACUGGGAGUACAACAUGUUAGUACAGAUGAUGUAGAAAGGAUGCAGUGGUUGGCUUUAGAGGCUAAAACUGGCGACUGGACCCAGUUUAUGAGAAUUGCGGUGAAACACUUACUUGCUGGAGAACGAAAAAUAUGUGAUCAGGUUUUUGAUUGUAUCAGUUUCAACAAGGAUCAAUGUUUUGCUGAACUGGCAAGAACUGGUGUUCUAACUCUUCUCAGCUUUGGAGAUGCUGUUGCUAAAAGCAAAAGUUUUCCUCAAAAAUCGUUUCUACUUCUGGAGAUGUAUGAAGUAAUGUAUGAACUUAGAUCCGAGGUUGAAGUCAUUUUCCAAGGCAAGUUUUGCUCUGAGAUGCUCGAGGCUACAUUGGGCUUGAUGAAGCGCUUGGCACAGACUGCCCAAGAAUCUUUUCUUGAUUAUAAGGAAGUAGUUGAAAGCGAUACUUCAAACACUAACGUCCAGGACGGAACUGUCCAUACUUUGACUUACAAUGUGAUCAAUUAUGUUAAUUUCCUUUUCGAUUAUCAGUCAGCACUGAAGCUAGUAUUUCAGGAAUACGGAACUGGAGGCGAUACUGAAUCUCAACUUGCAGUCAUUUUGGAGAGCAUAAUGGAAGCCCUUCAGAAUAACUUAGACGGGAAAUCUAAGCUGUACAAGGAUCCUGCACUGAUGUACAUAUUUCUAAUGAACAAUAUUCACUAUAUGGUUAAGUCUGUUCGCAGAUCAGAAGCCAAGGAUAUACUUGGUGAUGACUGGAUUCAGAGGCAUCGUAGGAUUGUACUGCAAAAUGCGAAUCACUACAAAAGGGUGACAUGGACAAAUGUUGUGCAGACGCUCUCAGUUCCAGUUCCAGGUGUCAGUAGCCCUGGUUCAUCAGCACCAUCAGAUCUUAGCAACAUUGGAGUUUCAAGAACUAUCGUAAAAGAACGGUUGAAGUCCUUCAAUAUGCAGUUUGAUGAGCUUCGUGCAAAGCAAUAUCGAUGGACUAUACCUGAUCCACAAUUGCAAGAAACUCUGAGGCUUGCUGUAGCUGAAGUUCUAUUGCCAGCAUACCGGUCCUUCAUUAAUCGCUUCGGGAAUCUUAUUGAACAAGUAAAGAACCCGCGUAAGUACUUGAAAUACUCCCCAGAACAGUUGGAGCAGUUGCUGGGUGAGUUCUUUGGAGGACAACAACUUGGUGAACGAAAGCAGUAAGCACCGAGAAACAGUCAAAAGGGAAUGACACUGCUAAUCGAUUUGCAUACCACAACUUCAGCAAAGAUCUCUACAGAAGCAACUAACACUGUUCUUUACACCGUCAUGUACGUCACGGGAUUACUGAUACAGCAUAGAGCUGGUCUGGUCUGGCAAAGAUCUAACAGGGACUUUGUUUCGUCAUCCGAUUGGUUAGUCUUAGAUGUUAACCAAUGCAUCUACCAACAUCCAUUCAUAGAAGUGACCUGAGGAUUUAUUUCUUAACUCACAGCCUGCAGGUGCAUUUAUGUGUACUCGUUCUUAUGCUGUCAAUCUCUAUAUUUGGUUGCUUUUCCUGGCAACAUGUUACAGCGAGGUUUCUCUAUUUGACUACAAGUGUUGACUAAAUUGAUUGUGGAACGAUUGAUCAAAUUGGACUACUCUUCUCGGCGUGCAAGUGUUCUCUGUCUUAUUUUUAUUUUAUGUACAGUAGGCAUACUACUAUUAGUGGCUUUGUCAUCUCAUAUACUUCUAUAUUGCCAUACUUGAUGGAUCGUGACGGUCGUCAUUAGCACUUAUGUUGGUAGUGUUUUUCUGCAGUAGCAACAAUCUGUACAGGGG